AUGACUACAAGCUCGGGAUCAGCAGAACUAACAGAACACACUUGGAUCAAUCUGUCGCUGUUGAUGCAAUGUAUAUCAAACUUCUUUAAAUGGCAGUACCCAGAUAUAGCCACUUUUAUCCAUCGUGAAAGUUUCCUCAACGACUUUUUCAACUUUCUGACUAGCAACCAAUAUUGCUCAGAAGAGUUAGUGUAUGCAAUCGCCUCUAUCGGCUCCAAGUGUUCCACUGAUGACAAAAUUCGCAACUUAGCCCCUUCUUUCUUUGAAACUUCAAAAUCCAAGAUAUUCUCUAAAAAAAUCUGCCAGCCGCAAGUUAGCACUUUGCAAGCUUUGCUCUGCCUAGCUCUCUAUGAACUUGGUGAUGGAAAUGCAUCUGCCAGCUGGAUGUUAUCUGGAAUGGCCAUACGAAUGGGUUAUGAUUUAGGAUUUCAGCUAAAUCCAAGUGAUUGGUCGAUCGCGAAUCCGGACUCAACGAAAACCCACCAAGUCAUGCUAAGCGGGAUGGAUGUUCUGGUUCGCUCCAGGAUAUACUGGGGCUGUUAUGUGUUCGAUCACUUCAUUAGUUUGGUCAUGGGAAGACCUGUCACCGUGAGGAAAUCAGAGGCAUCUAUUCCGUCUAGUGAGAAUCUUCCGAACUCUCAGAACAUUGAAGAUUAUAUUUUUGAACCUAGAAAACUGCCUGGAUUCACUAAGAAUGUGGAUCCUUCAACCACUAUCGAACCGCUUUGUUCUUUAAGUGAAUGUAUAGGGUCUCUUUUGUCGGAUGUUUUUUCUAAUGAAUCCAGUGAAGAAAAUUCACUGUAUCUCGCGCCAGCAAAGUUGGAUGAGUACAACUCUUUUCUAAGUAAAUGGCGUCAGACACUUCCUCGAGAAUUGAGAUGGAGAAAGAGUGAAAUGCAAGUCCAUGACUAUAACCCAACCGUCAUGAAUGUACGGUUGUACUACUAUAUUGUGUUGAUUUGUCUCAACCGGCCGUUCAUUAUAGCUAAAUCAGACGAUUCAGGUAUCGCAUCUGCUGUGGAACUAUGCAACACCGCAAUAUCUGAAUUGAGUAUAUGUCUAGGAAAGUUUAAUGAAGCACAAUUUCCUUCAUCGAUUCUAGUUGUGUAUUCUUCAAUCCUAGCAAUCAGCGUUCUAUUGCUGAAACUACAUUCCCUGACAAAAGAAACAGACAUUGCUGAUGAUGACCUAGCAAGAUUGCGAGUGUUUUAUACGUGUAUAUCUCGCGCGUGUUCAAGCUGGAAAUUAGCUUCUAAGUCACUUAUGUUCAUCAAGAAUAAAGUGGCAGAUAUGCAAAAUUUGGCUUUGCGCCAAGUCUUUGAUUCAGCGGAAGAUGCUUCUCAGGACCAGUUGACAGACGGAGAAGUAGAGCAACUUUUGGAGUUUGGAGAGGAUUUUCCCACCGGAAUCCAAGAUAAUUUCUUCCAUGGAUUUUUUGAAUUUUUUAAUUACGAAGAUGGUCGUCCCUACUGA